AUGGCUAGCUCGAAACGCCUCACUAAGGUGAGAGACGUCCGCUGUGCUACAGAGGCGCUGGUGAUCCCUAACUCCAUUGGCACCUCGUCAAGGCCGAAGAACCCAGCACCACCUCUGACUGACGCACGUCGCCCCUUGUCGACCGGCUGCUUAGGAGCUUGUUGACCUUCAGACUACCCCACUUGAUGGAAUAGGUGAGUGUUGCACAUGCGCUCCUACACGUCAAGCUAUGAGACUCAGUGCAUUGGCCUUUUCUUUGAUUCUUCCACAGAGGUGAUCCCGAAUGAGUAAGCUCAGCAUCACACUGCAGUCGCUCCAGAUGGAGCAUAGGGUCAAACCGCGUGCCGCUCCGCUUCUUUCUUUGCCCAGGGCCAACAUUUACAAAUGGACUGCCAAGGUUGCGGGUCCGGUGCGUGAGAGUGGAAGACUGCUUUGGAGAAAUAAGCGAUGAAAAGCCAGGCCUUUGCUGACCAAAGGCGGGCACCUUGCAGGCGGCAAGUCCGUAUGCAGGCGGAACAUUCCUGGUGAGUGAGCAGUGUGGCUCUAGUAGGUCGACGUUUGAGUCAGCAAUGAUGACAGGAGAGGGCGGGCGAAUCGAUGAUGCUCACUUUUGUCAUCGACGUCUCCUUUGGUACCCUUCACAGAUCGAGCUAGAGUUCCCGGUCGAGUACCCUUUCAAGAGCCCUCGCUUAAAGUUCGCGACGAGGGUCUUCCACCCAAACGUGGAUGAAGAUGGAAGUGCGUAGAUCUCAGACGCCAGUUGGGUGGCACAUUGGGCGGUGUAGGAUGGAAAGCGAGCGCAAUCAACCAGUGUGCAUUUGGAUUCAAAGGCAGAAGCUGCGCCGCGCCUUCAGCAUGCAGUGACGGAGCAGGAAGCCAUGGCGAUCAAGAGGGAGCAGGGAGGGUGUGCAGAGCGAGAAGGGCCGCAUAGGCGGGCAUACGAGCUUGAGAAACUAUUCUGGCUCACUCCCCUCGCUCUACACAUUCUCUAUAGACCUUUGCGUUGGGCUAUUGAAGUCUGAGGCUUGGAAGCCGAGCACGAAAGCAUCGACUGGUGAGUCUGACUUGAUGGCUGAUCUGGCGACACACAACCGAUGCCGGAGACCCGAGCUACGAGCCCUGCAGCUACGCUUGCCAGGCCGAAGCUUACGAUACACACACUUGCGCAUCUUCACAGUCCUACUUUCUAUACAACAAUUGCUUGCAGAGCCCAACCCAGACGACGCUUUGGUCGCCUCCAUCGGUAUGUACUGCAGCGUCGGAGUGCCAAGGCAUCUUCAACCACGACGCGAAUCCUGACAUCAAGGCGAUUCAUUCAUAGCCGAGUUGUACAACACUGAUCGAGCCAAAUUCAACAAGACCGCUCAAGAGUACACCAAAAAGGUGCGUUGGGAGAUGGUUCCUGCUAGGACUGGAAUGCUGAACUGCCUCAACUGUCCUUGGCAUUCUCCUCCCUCGUGCGCUGCAGCACGCAACGUGA